AAUGCCAGACAAGAAACUGCAGACACUCCUUGUCACGUCGUCAUGUUGGUAAUUACUCUGCAAGUCUUGUUGGCUGCAAUUGCUGUUACAGUCGCCGAUCCCGAGUACAUCGUCGGCACAAAAUGCCCGGAUAAACCAGCAGACAUUGUGUUUGUAGUGGAUGGAUCUGGAAGUGAAGCGUCGUCUAAUUUCAAAAAGGAAACUACAUUUAUAAGUAAUUUUGUAAAGAGUUUCAAUAUCGGUACUACAACAGUCCAAGUCAGUGUUGUUCAGUUUGCAACAACGGUGCGGAACGAGUUUAAACUGAAUUCCCACACCGACAACGCCACUCUAGUCCGCGCCAUUGCUCGUAUUCACUGGUUGAAUGGCGAGACCUACACCGGAGACGCCCUCAACUACGUCGACAGGAACAGCUUCAACCGACAGAACGGUGGCCGUGACAAUGUUGACAAGAUCGUCAUUGUUCUGACUGACGGCGAGUCGAACUUUCCCAAUGAAACAGUGGUCGCAGCGAAGAAGCUACAUGACCGCCGUAUUACUGUUGCUGCCGUUGGCAUCGGCAGUGAAGUCAAUCGGGAUGAACUCAACGCCAUUGCAAGCAAUUCGAAGCAUGUGUUCCUUGUGCCAAAUUUCGACGCUCUUCAGUCAAUCCAUCAACAGCUUACAGAUACAACCUGUAAACUGUGUGACUCCUCACCUAUUGACAUAGCGUUCCUCCUUGAUGGGUCGGGCAGCGAAGGCAAGACCAACUAUGAUAAUCAGAAACAGUUUGUUAAGCUCGUCAUUGGUGAACUGAACUUCAACGGCAACGCUACAAAUGUAGCCAUGGUAACAUUUGCGACAAACGCCUACAACGAUUUUGAUUUCAAUAAAUACAAUGAUUUACAAUCAGUUAACAACGCUAUUGACAGCAAACAUUACCCCAACGGAGAAUCCUACACUCAUUUGGGUCUACAGUACCUCACUGACCAUACGUUCACAAAUGCUGGGGCCAGAUACGGGUCCAAACACGUGGCCGUUGUGUUGACCGAUGGGCGUUCCAAUGAGGAGCUUUUGACCAAAAGAGAGGCUAUGCGUCUGAAGGCCCAUGGUGUUUUGGUGAUAAGCGUUGGCAUCGGGAGUGCAGUCGAACAGGAUGAACUGAAAGCCAUUGCCUCAGGGGAUCAGUAUGUCCUCAAUGUCAACUCGUCAGCGUCCUUGCCCUUGAUCCAUGACAAAGUGGUCGACCUCUUGUGUGAAUCUAAAAAUAUAUUCACCACGACUCCCAAGCCCACUACAACAACGACAACACCCAAACCUACAACCCAUGCCACAACCACACCGAAGCCAAGAAUUGUGUGUGGCCCUACCCCGGCGGAUAUCCUCUUCCUCCUCGACAACUCGGACAGCGAAGGUGCAGAUAACUUCGCCAAAGAGGUCAACUUCGUCUACAACUUCGCCAACCGAUUCGUUAUUGACUCUCACCACAACCAGAUCAGCGCUAUCACAUUUUCUUCAACGGCAAAGAGCGAGUUCUGGUUCAACUCUUACAGAACCAAAUCCGCAGUGGUAAACGCCAUUAAAAACAUCCAAUAUGUCGGCGCAGGCACCAACACGGCGGCCGGUUUGAAGAUGGCCAGAACACAGAGCUUCACCAAGGCCCAUGGGGCUCGGGUCAACUCCACCAGGAUCGCUAUCGUCAUCACCGACGGUAGGUCUAUAAAUGAAACCGAGACGCUAAAAGAAGCAGCGAAUCUGAAGAAGGCAGGAGUCACUAUCAUCUCGAUUGGUAUUGGUUUUGGACAGGAUGACCACGAGCUGAAGACCAUGGCCAGCACGCAGAACUAUGUGUUUAGUGUGGAGAACUUUGAUGCUUUGAAGACCAUCCAGAAACAGGUGAUUGAGACCACAUGCCAGGAACACCGUGGAUGAUGCGGGCCUGGUGGCUGUUUUAUGACAUUACCUUAUGAGAUAAUUAAAGCAUGAUUAUUGAAUAUGCUAAUAAACAUAAGCGUUUCAUUCAUUAAAACGAAAACCAAA